AUGGUAAAACCAGUUAAAAUAGGUGUAAAGGAUAAAGGUGCUGAAAAGGGUGCCGAUGAUAAACAAAAAGUUGUUAGACAUCAUGAAUUUCAAAUGAAUAAAACAUUCGGUCAACAUUUGUUAAAGAAUCCAUUAAUUAUAGAUGCAAUCGUAGAUAAAUCACAACUUAAAUCUACAGACACAGUACUUGAAAUUGGUCCAGGUACUGGUAAUCUUACAAUGAAACUAUUGGAGAGUUGUAAAAAGGUGAUUGCUGUUGAGGUUGAUCCUCGUAUGGCGGCUGAAUUACAAAAGAGAGUUGCAACAACACCAUAUGCAUCACAUUUAGAGAUUAUAUUAGGUGAUUUCCUUAAAGUAGAUCUUCCAUAUUUCGAUGUUUGCGUAGCAAAUGUACCAUAUCAGAUUUCAUCGCCAUUGACUUUCAAGUUGUUGGCACAUCGACCAGUAUUUAGAACAGCAGUGCUUAUGUUUCAGAAGGAGUUUGCUCUGCGUCUGGCUGCUUCACCAGGUGAUUCACUGUAUUGUCGUCUCUCUGUGAAUACACAGUUGCUCUCAAAGGUGACACACUUGAUGAAGGUAGGAAAGAACAAUUUCCUUCCACCACCAAAGGUAGAGUCUGCCGUCGUAAAGAUUCAACCAUUCAACCCACCACCACCCAUCAACUUUAUCGAGUGGGACGGUCUCAUCAAAUUGUGUUUCUCAAGAAAGAACAAAACACUACCAGCAAUCUUUAAAGUAAACUCUGUUAUCGAAAUGUUGAAUCAAAACUACAAAACAUAUUGCGCAUUAGAAGGUAAAAUGGAUACCGAUGGUACCGAGGAAUCAAUGAAAGACAAAGUCAUUCAAGUUUUAGAGAAAAAUAACUUUUCAGAUUUUCGUUCUGCAAAGAUGGAUAUUAAUGAAUUUUUAAGAAUCGAUUAA